AUGUCUUGCCUCGCUCUCUCUCUGCAACCGGCCAAUGGAUCCGACAUUCUGAUCCAAACCAGAGAAUGGUUCCCUCCGGCGCGAGCCCUAGUCGCAACCUCCGCCUUCCGCCAGACUCGCCUGGCCUUCGCCGCCACUAAACACCCCGCUGCCAACCACCACAACCGCUCCUCCUCCGCCGAUGACUACGCCUCUUCUGUAUCGUCCGAUUCCCUCUCUUCCCUCGGCGACGACCCUCUCGCCGCCUCAAGCGGGCAGCUAAUUGUCGGCGUGGAGAGCCAGUAUCGCGUGGUUUACCGCCUCGUCAAUGGGAUCUACGUCCUCGGGAUCACGAUCGCCGACCACGACAACUCCGUCAACGUCUUCGAGUGCAUCCACAUCGUCAACCAAGCUGUAAGCGUAAUCGUCUCGGCCUGCCGCGGCGUCGACGUCACGCCGGAGAAGCUGAGCCGGAAGUACGCCGAGAUCUACAUGGCGCUGGACAUCGUCCUCCGAGGAGUGAGCAGCAUCCGGUUGGCGGCUAUGCUGGCUUCGAUGCACGGCGAGAGCAUCGCGAAAAUGGUCCAUUCUGCGCUGGACACGGAGAGCAAGAUUCGCGGUGGGGACAGCUGGCUUGCGGUGGAAGGUCACGCGAUUGAGCACGAGGGAAGCGUGGAAGCGUUCUCCAAUGCAAUAUUUGAGUUACCGCCGGAGACACUCGCUGCCGGAGAUGAAGUAGCGGCCAGCCUUGCCCCUGCGGUUGUGGAGCAAUUGGAGAAGAAGGAAGAGAAAGAGGAAGAGAAGGAUGUACCAAAAGAUCCUUUUGCCGCGAGUGAGGCGGUAAACAAACAGGAAGAUCUUGCUGGUGAGUUCAAGAAGGAUAAGAGCCAGGCUAGCGAUUUGACACUUGCUUUGGCUGGGCUGGAGGUUACUACAUUGCCACCUGCUGAAGCUACGCAAGCUACACGUAUUGCUGUGGAGGGGUUCGAAGGGGAUUAUGGUGGAAUUGAGUUCAGCAAUGAACAGACUUCCCUGGGAGAGACGUUUGAAGGGUUUAGUGAAGCUUGGGGUGGUGGAUUAGAUGCAUCAGAAUUUGUAGGCACAAAGAAAAUUCCAAAGCAGCAAGGUCUCGGUGGAUUGGAAUUGCUUCAAACAGGUGCUGAUCCUGCCGUGGCAGCAAAGGCUGCUGCAGCUGGAGGUGGAGAUACUCCUCUUGAGAAUCUCUUGGUCCAGAAAACCGAAAUGAAGGGACCCGAAAUGUACAUCGUUGAAGAAAUUAGUGCUGAAUUUAGAGAAUCACUGCUUGCUAGAGUUGGGUUGAUGGGUGUAGUUUAUUUGAAAACAUUACCAACCAAACAGGCUGGCGAAAAAGAAACAGAGUUUUCGUUCCGGGUUGACAACACAAAACCUGUCAAGCGGUUUGUUAUGCACAGUUCAAAGAUAAGUAGCCUUGGUAAUGGAAUGUUUCAUGUUAGGACUGCUGCCUCGGAUGAACCUAUACCGAUAUUGAAGUAUAGUUUGUUGCCUAAGUCGACUCCUUUGCCAUUGAGGGUUCGUCUAGUUCAACGUCAUAGUGGGACCCUUUUCUCUGUCAUGAUCCAGUAUGUCUCAAAUCCAGAUUUGCCUGCACCGUUGAAGGAUGUGACAUUUGUUUUGAAGUUGCCUGUUGAUCCAACUUUGUUGAAGGUUUCACCCAAAGCAGCAUUGAAUAGGUCUCAGAAAGAAUUGAAAUGGGUUUUGCCAGAGAUUCCACUUAAAGGUGCUCCUGGUAAAUUGAGGGUGAGGAUGCCUGUUGACUCGAGUGAAGGAGAAGGUGAUGAAGAGAUAGAGGCAGUUUGUUAUGUUAAGUUCUCCAUGGAAGGAACUACCUCAUUAUCAGAGAUUUCUUUGCGGCCUGCCUCAGAAGGGAAUACUGACUUCUCUGAGGUUAAUCACAGGUACCACAGUGGAGUUUAUAUGUGCAAUUGA